UUAGCGCUGUCACCAUCUUUUGAUGAACUUGUAACAAAUUAACAAUAGGACUGCCAAUAAUGGUUAUCUAAAUGAAGAUAGCUCUACUAAAUUAUGUUCUGUGACAGAGGAUAUGGGGAAUGAAAGGAGCAAAUUGAGGACUAUGGAAGAUAAAAUCGUAAGGAGUGACGAAUCUAAUUAUUUCAGUCCUUUUGGAGGGUCAUCGACCGAAGUUCAGUAUAAUUCAAUAAAUUCAUCAAGUGACGAUCCAGUUCUGGCCUCCGGAUCUUCAACAAGUUCACGAACACGCGCUUAUGGAUUGCCAUUACACAGGGCUGUUGUUGUUGUAGCCAACGCGGCACUCGGCGCGGGCAUGUUAAACUUUCCUGAAGCUUACGAGAAGUCGGGAGGUUUGGCCUAUGCUUUGACAGUUCAAACCUGCCUUGUUCUGUUGAUAAUAGGAUCAUUUUUUAUCCUUGGUUAUUGCGGAAGACUGCGUCAGACUAAAAAUUAUCAGGACACCAUCCGAGAUUACUGCGGUCCCAUUGCGCAAGUUGUUUGCCAAAUUAAUGUUGUUCUCUAUAUGUUCGGCUGCAAUGUUACACAUAUGAUCUUGAUUGGUGACCAGCUUACAAAGGCAAUUGAUCACGAUGGCUGGUAUUUUGACAGGAGAUUUGUAAUUACUGUUGUUUGCUGUGUUUUUAUCUUACCAUUAUGCAUACCAGAGAAACUCAAAGCAGUGAGUUAUUCCAGUCUUGUUGGUGGUUUUGGUGCUAUAUUUGUUUGUUGUGUGGUGGUAUCAAGGUAUUAUACUGGCAGUUACAGCCCUCCCGAGAACUCAAGUGAAAAAAAAUGGUCAAGUUCUCAAAUUUUCGCUGCAGUACCAGUAAUUUGCUUUGGUUUCCAGUGUCAUGUGACAGCAGUCGCUGUUUAUGCUGAGCUACGUCGACCAACCUUAGUAAGAUUUGGCCUGGUCACUUUUCUUGCAACGCUCAUAUGCGCCGUACUUUACUCUCUGACUGGUAGCUAUGGUUACUUGACUUUCAAGCAUAAUGUGAACAGUGAUAUCUUGGUGAAUUAUCGUCAUGGGGAUCAUGUUGCUACCUCAGCAAGAGUCUUUAUAGUGCUUGUUGUGUUUAGUACUUUUGCUAUUUGUCAAUUUGUUGGAAGGUCGGCAAUAAUUGGUUUAUGGUGUAAUAUACGAAAGCUUACUGCAGCUGAGAUAGAAAAUUACAAAGGGAAGCGUCGUGUGAUUACAUCAAUAAUCUGGUUCUUCAGCAGUCUGGGCAUUGCUGUCAUUGUUCCAACCAUAGCAGAUGCCAUCGCCAUUGUCGGGGCUUUGGCUGCCCAUUUUAUUUUCACUUUUCCAGGUCUAUGUCUAAUUCAACUCAUGUUACAAGACUAUCAUCCAAUGGAAAUAAGAAGAAAGCUAGGUUUGGCAAUAGGUAUAAUCUAUGUUGUGAUUGGUAUGUUUUUGUUUGGUGUGACAGUUACAGCAGCCUUGAUGAGUGAUAUUGAAGGAAAGUACCUCGCCUAGCCAAGUUCAGAAUUGUUUAUACAAUACCUAAUAUAUAACAGAAAUGCAUACAUUCUAAUUACUAAUUAGGUACAAUUUAUAUUCACUGAUUGAGCAGUAUAACUGUUAAAAAUGAAAGCAGAAUUUACAUUGCCUUUUAUGCAAGCUGAAUUUACGAAUUUAUGUGCGAAGCACAUAUUAUAGAGAGAUGUCACGUGAAGACAAGUUCACUCAAUUUUGCCUUGAUUUUAUACUCUUGAUAGAUGAGAAUGAGUGAAUAAGUCCGGUACGGUCAUUGAACUCAGUGGGUGCGGUUCGGAUGAUGCACUUAGAGGCAGAACAUUCGUGGCUAAUUCGCUCAUUCACAUUAAUCAAAAGAGGAAAUUUGAAGUAUUGAAAUCUAUUGUGUGUAAAGAUUCCGUCUUAAAAUAGACAUUAGGUGACUUGAAUAAGGCCCGUUUCUGACGUCGAACUUUUUUGAAGCUCGCCGUCUGAGCAACGCAAAAAAUAGGUAAAUAAAUCAAUUUAGGAAUUCGUAGAUAGAGAUUUUAACGAUAUAUUUAUAAUUGAGGGAACUGAAAAAACAUAUUGAAUGAAAAUUGCUUUUACUUGACGCUAGCUGGGUAGCAUUCAAAGCUAGUCAUUUUACAGAAAGUGUCGAAUUAAUUAAAUAACAUAUUUUGAUUAAUUAGGACUGUUUAUAUGUGAUACUGGCUGUUUUUUCAAACAAAACUAUCUUGCGAUUCCGUCC